AAUCUCAAAAAAAUAAGAGAAAAGGUCAUGGACCUGCAAUUUUCACCAUUACCAGAUCAUCUUGAUGAAGAUUAUCCCAUGUAAAGUGUUGGUAGAAGAUAUCCAUGGCCAUUCAUGACCUAGAAACAAAAUUCUUGACCUAGGAAACAUGGACAACUUCGAUCCCAAUCAAUCUUUCCCGAGGCACGCUUUAUGGAAGAAGUCAAUUGAUAAAACGGGCAGAAGCUCCCAUUCCUUCGAGACUACGUUUUGAUUAUUGGUGGUGGGACCAACGCUUUGAAUUGCUCAGGAGGCUCAAAUAACUGCUGUAUGGGGCGGUGUACAUGCAUACCAAGCCCGUCGGAAUAAAUCUACGCCUUAAUUAUCCAGUCGGAACCGCAGAAAAUUCCCCAUAUCUCUGGUGACGCUUGUGUAUAUAUAUUCCAUUAAUACACACGCUUAAUGUACUGUUUAUGUCUGCAAUAUUUUUGCCCCGGACAUUCCCAAUAUAUUUGCUGUCCAAAUAGCCAACACAUUGCCGCGCCUAUUUUUCAACAAUUCUAGCAUUUAAUUGGAGCGCCGUUAAUUCCAAUUCAGCAUUUUUUGAGGUGUAACUUCUUUCCCUUCUCGUCAGUGUUUGUCUGAAAUCUGAAAGCCAGAGGACCCUGAGUUUGACCUCUGGUUCAAUAGGUACAUUCACGUUUUCCACUCACAAACAUGAGCACUGUGAGAAGAAGGCGGCUUUAUCAUGAGGAUGUUGAUGGUGAGAAGUUUGAGCAUCUUGACUCAGGAGGUUCUGGUGGAUUAAAUGAACCUCUUCUUAGCAAUGAUGCUUAUGGAAACUCUCAAAGAUUCUAUGAUGAUGAUGAUGUAGAUGAUUGGACUGAAAAGAAGAGAAAUGAAGAGCUAGUUUGGACAAACAUUUUCUCUCGAUUGAUAGCACAAUGGGUUCAAUGGUUUGCAAAUGUUGUUUUGGGAUCAGGAACAUGGUUGGGAAGUUUUUUUUCCCGUACACUCACAGGCCAUCAAGGGAACAACCAGAAGGUUGUUGCACUCAAUCUUAGUCCUCUUCAGGAAGAAAGGUUACAAAAUCUUCAACGACGAUUGGAAGUCCCUUUUGAUGGUACUCGCCCAGAUCAUCAGGAAUCUCUCAAGGCUCUUUGGCAUGCAGUCUUUCCAGAUCGUGAACUGGCUGGUCUUAUAUCAGAUCAGUGGAAGGAAAUGGGCUGGCAAGGUCCUGAUCCAUCUACAGACUUUAGGGGUGGUGGAUUUAUUUCGCUGGAGAACCUACUCUUUUUUGCCAAGAAAUAUCCGAAAUCAUUCCAAAGGUUGUUGCACAAGCAGGAAGGAAAGCGAUCUGCAUGGGAGUAUCCCUUUGCUGUUGCGGGCAUCAAUAUAUCAUUUAUGCUAACACAAAUGUUGGACUUACGUUCAGCCAAACCAAGCUCCUUAUCAGCGACAAAUUUUUUGAAGAUACUAGCGGAGGAUGAGAUGGCUUUUGAUAUGCUUUUCUGUGUAGCAUUUGAGAUGUUGGAUGCACAAUGGCUAGCAAAACAUGCUUCUUAUAUGGAGUUCAAUGAGGUUUUGAAAGCUACACGAAUGCAACUUGAGAAGGAGCUUUCCUUGGAGGAUGUUAGUUGUGUUCAAGAUUUGCCUGGAUACAGCCUCUUAAGUCAGUAACCCAGGUUUCAGAAUCAUCGUAUUCAGUGUUUUAUAUCAACUUGUUUUGCGUUGAUUCUCAAAUUAAUGUUACCACCUCCUCUCUUCCAUUCUUCCUUCCUAUCCUUUUUCCUUUCAUCUCCUUUUGUCUCGUAAUAUAUUGUAAUCUGUAACAGCUACAAUAUAAUUUCAAUAUAGUUUCAAUUAAAUUAUCUAGACAGGUUAUCUGCUUGCUUUCA